GAAGAAUAAUUUUGGACAGUUGAUAACGACUGUGAAUUCUCGAUUGUGCGUUCGAUCUCAGUUGCUACAAUUCCAAUCCAAAUCCGCUUCCCAUUGUUCUGCCACUUCAGAAUCUCAGUUCCUCAUCCAGUCACUUUCACUUUCUUUCCUCGCCUCGCCCUGUUCUUCAAUUCGGGCAAUGGUGGAUGAAAUUCCGAUCAAGAGAAAUAGGGUAUGGCCGCACUUUUGAUUAUGCCGCACGUUUUUUAUUUUCUCUGCAUUAGUGUUCCAUAAUCAUAAAGGUAUCUUUCAUGGGAAUCAAAACAAGAUCAAUUAUGGAGCAAUAGCCUUCCGCCCAACUUUAAAGGUUGCGUGGGACGAUUCCCAUUUCGUUUUCCUCUCUCAUCGAAGGAAUUUUCUGUUCAAUCUUCUGUUUACUUGCCUUCUCCGAUUGAUCUUUCGUCGAUCCUUAUUUCGCAAGAGUUUCUUUGAAGCCAUCUCUCGUCUGUGAUUCCUCCCUUGUGGCAGGGGAGUUUGAUUCUGUAACAUUUGUUCACGUUUUGGACUCGGAUUUCUUCAUUUCCAGUUUUAGAGCUAUGGAUUAUUAUUAGUGUGGCUGGUGAUUUCAUUCAGAUUCAUGUUUCUGCUGGUUGUUGGUGAAAUAAUGGGCUAAGUUUACAAGUGAUUCAGUAGUUAAGUAGUCGAUUUUUGUUGUUUAAAUUGAUAUUAAUGAGGUUUUGGAUGUGUAAGAUUCACUGUCCUUCAUCCCUUUGCCUUUGCCAACCUUCCCCUCAUAUACAUUCCACUGGAUCAGUAUCAUUAGAUUUGCAAAACUCACCACAUUUGCCUUCACGAGAUGUGCCAGUCAUCGAAACUUCUGGUUCCAGUGUUGAGACCCUUGAACCUAAGCGCGACAAAGGGCCAGAGAGUGAGUUUGGAAACAAGAGCAGUUUGAGGAAGCCGAAUUCACGGUCAGGCGUUUCAAAGGAGAAGCAUGUAAAAACUGUACAAUGGAUGGAUUUUUCAGGCAAAGAACUUGCCGAGAUCAGGGAAUUUGAAGCUAGUGAAGAUGAAGAUUCGGAUUAUGAAGACGAGGAUAAUGGAAGCUGCAUCUGUACUAUUUUAUGAAAUUUCUCAGUAGCUUAGAUUUUCAAAUUUAAAAAAGAAGAGGAAGUAGCUAACGAAGCCCGCUUAAUGUCGGUUACAAUCAUAUUCAUCCUGAAAGGUCUUUGAUGCUUCUUUGUUUUCAUUUCUCAGAUUAGAAUAUGUUGUGAGAAUGAAAGGCAAAAUGGAGCUUUAUUUACCAAUAAUGUACCUAAUUUAUUUGUUUUAUGAAAAUGUUGUUAAUUCUUCAACAUGAACAAAUUUCACUUUUCACUUGAUUGGCAAAAGAAUUCUCUGCUUUGUAAAUUA